AUGUGCUAUGCGAUUAAUAAAGCAGAAGGAAUACCAGAUAAAAAAAAAGAUUACAUAAUUACCAAGGCUACUGAGUCUAAUGAACACUGUAAAGAAACCUUAAAGAAGUUUGGAAUAUUAACUAUCGCUAGUGCAUUGUUAAAGGCAUUCAUUAAGAUUUACCACGAAGAAAAUAAACAAUAUAAAUUAUUUCAGAAAGGAAUAAAACCGGGUGAAUCAGUUUUCCAACCUGGCGAGUAUGGACCUUAUCGGCAGACGCAACGGCUAGAAACUUAUAAAAAGCAUAUCGAAAAGUUAUUAGUAGAAAAAAAAGUUUAUUUUUGUUUUUGUUCUCCAGAGGAGUUAGCCCAAGAAAAAGAACAAUUUAUCCAGGAAAAUAAAAGAAGUAAUUAUCAAUAUUCGCGAAAAUGUUUAAAUUUGAGUGAAAAAGAAGUUAAUUUUCUACUCCAACAAAAAACUCCUUAUGUUGUCCGCUUAAAAAUUCCCCAAGCAAGGAAUUAUUUUUUUCACGAUUUAGUGCGGGGGGAAGUAAAAUUCCAGGGUCAAGAUAUUGAGGAUUUUGUGCUCUUUCGACAAAAUGGCAUUCCUAAUUACAAUUUUGCUUGCGUCAUUGACGAUUAUUUAAUGAAAAUUAGUCAUGUUUUACGGGGCGAGGAACAUUUAUCUAAUACCGGUAAGCAAUUAGUUUUAUACGAGGCCUUGGGAUGGAAACCUCCUCUUUUCGGACAUGAAUUGCAAAAAGAACUAAGUCAAUUAGAAAAAUGGGAAGUGGAAAAUAUUAAAUCAGUGCUUAAAUCAGUUUGUCUAAGCAGUCAAGCACCUAAAAAAGAGUUUUAUCUAUUG